AUGACACCGUGGGACAAUCAGUGCCAGACGAUUGCAGACAGCUUUGUGAACAGAAAAUUCAAAGCGCGGUUCAGGUUCCCAAAAAAGCCCACAGAAUCCAACGUGUGGAGAUGGGUUCACAGGAUUCAGACCGAGUUUAUCGAAUCCUACAAAGCUCCGACGGUGACACCAAGCGACAAAUCUGCGUCUUCCAAAAAGGAAAAAACCUUCCCACUACGCUCAAACAAGUUCCGAACCACGUCAGCAUGGCAAUUUGAGGGAAGCGAGUCUCCCAGACAGGUCGACUUUUUCUUCAAGAGCCGCAAACACGCAGUCGGUACUCCUCACGACUGGCGCGAUGUUCUUGUUCUGGGAGAGUUGACUUCUUCAUCUGUCGGGGUGUGGAAGAGCAAAUUCCUCCAACUAUCGGUUUAUAUGAGGGAGGUUUUCAUGGCGCAGCCCUUACGUCGGUUUGUUCACGGAUUCCUUUUGUUUGGAACGAAGUUGCAGCUGUGGAUCUCGUGGCGGGCGGUAGGACGGAUGUCAGAGGUCGAACUUCUGGGGAAAAGUCGCAGUAUUCUUGGAGAAGCAACGUUGAUUGGAUCACUCGACAUGGAAAAGAUCAGUGAGCUACGUGACGGCCUUACGUUUACGAAGGCAAUGCAAAGAGAGAUCCAGCCCGACGAAGAACCGAUGACCACGCUCCACGACUUACUGCAACCAGAGACUUCCAAUCAGGAAGGAAUUGUUCAGCCGAGUGGAGGUGUCAAGCGCAAAAGUGCGUCGAAUGCUGGUGAUUCACAACAGAGCAAAAGGUCAUGCGUGUCGAAUAUUUCAAGGCAAGCCCGGACCAAUGCAGCAGUAGCAAGUAUGCAAAAGGGAGGAACCUCGGCCAGCAAGCGAGAUUCAAGACUGAAUACUAAUGCUAGGCAUCAUGUUUUAGCUCCUGGUAAGCUUACUGCAUUGAAAAACUCUACUCCGACAAUCAAUCAAAGCUUGAAUCAAGGAUCGACUUCCUCUGGAUCGAAAAGAAGCAGAAAUGACGGCGAGAUGAAUGUCGACGCCCCGAACAUACCGGAACGUGAACUCAGAAAACUCCGCAUAACGAGUAGUACCGGGGGACCCUUUCCAGAAGCCAGUGCCGGCCCUUUACCAGCGUUGGUUGCCAUAGAUGCCACCGCUCCAGACGUCCCAGAUGUGGUAGUUGUCGAUGUGAAUGCUUCACCCAAGAUCUCCAACAUGUCUACAACCGAAUCUUCAUUGUUCUACCGAGAUCGGUUGCAAUCGAUAAUCGCAUCGAAGCCUUCUGGUCGAGCAAUUGGAGAGGAUACAUCGCCGUUGGACUUGCUUUGUGGACUACGCAAUGCAAUCAAAGGCCACCGAUCACUGUUUUUGGAUGCCCGGAUAUUGCACUGUGAUAUCUCGGUGAACAACAUCAUACUGACGGAUCCGAAGUCGAAUGAUGGUUGCUGUGGGGUGCUGAUAGACUUGGAUCAAGCAAUGUCGUUGGAUGACCCGAAUGCUGCGGCCAGCUCACAUAUCCUGACUGGGACGAUGGAGUUCAUGGCACUCGGUAUCUUGAGGGCGAAUUUGACACGAACAAAUGCAGGCAUCAAGCACUCGUAUCGGCAUGAUCUAGAAUCAUUUUUCUAUGUACUUGUGUCUACGAGCAUGCGCUUUGGCUGGGGCGAUAAAAAGGCUACUCACCUCGGACUUCUUGGGACGUGGUACAAGGGUACGGUCUAUUCUAUGUACAACGCCAAAUUUACAGCGAUACAUGUAGAUUCAUUUGAAAGCAACGUAUUGAGCGGAUUCUCGGCCAAAUUCGAAUGCUUGAAAGAUGUAGCCAAGAAAAUGCGGGCAUCGCUGUUCGACAGAGGUUGUGGGUUCUGGUUGGGUGAAGAUCAUCAUCCGGAAACACUUUAUAAUCCCAUACUUCUUGAUCUCGACUCGGAAAUUGCUAAGAUUAGUUGUGAGUCUUUAAAUAGCUCAUGA